AUGUGGCAAUGCCACCUCUCAGCCCAGGACCAUCGCUAUUAUCCUGUGGAUGGAUAUUCACUGCUUAAACGCCUCCCUUCUCAAACUCUUUCAGCACCCAGAUGCCCUAUCCAGACUGUGGGACAAUGGUUGGAAAAUAUUGGGCUACCUCAGUAUGAAAACCACUUGCUGGCCAAUGGAUUUGACAAUGUACAGUUUAUGGGAAGCAAUGUUAUGGAGGAUCAGGAUCUCUUGGAAAUUGGAAUACUUAAUUCUGGACACAGGCAGAGAAUUCUCCAGGCAAUUCAGCUUCUUCCAAAGAUGAAACAGACAGGCAGUGAUGGCUACAACCCCACCUCUGUAGCAGAAUGGCUAGAUUCUCUGGAACUGGGAGACUAUAUCAAGCCCUUUUUGAUAAAUGGCUAUACAUCAAUGGACCUUGUAAAGAAAAUAUGGGAUAUUGAAUUAAUUAAUGUUUUAAAAAUCAGUUUGCUUGGCCAUAGAAAACGUAUUUUGGCCUCAUUGGGAGACCGGAUUCACGAAGAUCCACCUCAGAAACCACCACGUUCUAUAACCCUCAGGGAACCCAGUGGUAAUCACACUCCUCCUCAGUUGUCUCCCUCACUCAGCCAAAGCACUUACACUACUGGUGGUUCCCUGGAUAUACCACACAUUAUCAUGCAGGGAGAUGCAAGGAGAAGAAGAAAUGACAGCUAUUUUGAUGAUAUUCCCCGGUCAAAACUGGAAAGACAAAUGGCGCAGCAGUCUUCUGUCUGUGAGAUAUGGACCAACCAGAAUGCAGGAUAUCCUUACUCAGCAGUCCAUCAGGUUCAUAAUACUGGAGACUGGGGUGAACCAUCUAUUACCUUGCGACCUCCUAAUGAAGCUACAGGAUCAACACCAGUACAAUACUGGCAGCAUCAUCCAGAGAAACUCAUUUUCCAAUCAUGUGAUUACAAAGCAUUUUAUUUAGGUUCAAUGCUGGUCAAAGAAUUAAGAGGUACAGAAUCUACACAGGAUGCCUGUGCAAAAAUGAGGAAGUCUACAGAACAAAUGAAGAAAGUUCCUACUAUUGUUCUAUCUGUCUCUUACAAAGGAGUAAAAUUUAUUGAUGCAACAAAUAAGAAUAUUAUUGCUGAACAUGAGAUUCGUAACAUUUCCUGUGCUGCACAAGACCCUGAAGACCUCUCUACAUUUGCUUAUAUUACAAAAGACUUGAAGACAAAUCACCAUUACUGUCAUGUGUUCACGGCCUUUGAUGUGAAUUUAGCCUAUGAAAUAAUUCUCACACUGGGACAGGCAUUUGAAGUAGCUUAUCAACUAGCACUUCAGGCUCGAAAAGGAGGCCAUUCUUCAACACUUCCUGAAAGCUUUGAUAAUAAGCCUACCAAGCCAAUCCCAAAACCACGUGUUAGCAUUCGAAAAUCCGUGCAGAUAGAUCCUACUGAACAAAAGACUCUUACCAAUCUACCAUGGAUUGUAGAACCAGGACAAGAAGCUAAAAGAGGAAUUAAUACCAAGUAUGAAACCACAAUUUUCUGA